AUGGUUUCAAAGAACUCUAAAAUGCAAGCCACGCUGGCUGUGAACAGUGUGUUGGCGUCUUUACUGCCCGGUGCUGCGGCUAUUACUGGGUCUAAUAAGAAAGUGAGCAAGCCCAGAGUCGCCAAGGCCCAGCUUAUAGACAUGAAUCUGAAAAAACGGUUGGAGUUACAAGAGAAGGAUGUGUACCUUGAGAAGAGGAAAGAGAAAAGAGCGCGUAAGUCUACUCUACGGAAGAGACGGGAAGAGGAGUUUGAAAUGGAGCAAAAGGCGAAAUUACAGAUAUUAAACAAGCAUAGAGAACAGGGAACUUUAACUCAGAAGGAGAAAGCAUAUCUGGAUGAACUAGCUAAGAGAAAUACCAAAAAGCUGAAAUCCUGGGACUUGGAAGACGAUGUUAAGGAAGAUUUCUUAGAGAUACAAGCACAAAUUUUGAACGAUACCAAAGAAUCCAGCAAAAGAAGGUCUAGCAAGAAGAAGAACAAAAAUAAAGGUUUCAAACAAACCUUAUCGUCUAGCUCGAAAGUACAGGAUCAUAGAUAUCCAGGUCUUACUCCAGGUCUUGCUCCUGUUGGUUUGAGUGAUGAAGAAGAAUCCAGUGAUGACGAGUAG